UUGAUGGGAACACCGGAACAAUGACCUCGAGCGCAGGGAGCAGCUGCACCUCGACCCUCGGGCAGAAACAGAGGCGGAGCAGCCGCCGCUCCUGCCACACCCCGGGCAGGGACUGCCAGGCUCUGUCAGCACUGGGGGAUUUCCAAACCCUUCCCUUAGAGAUCUUCCAAAUGAUGUUGAAUUAUCUCUCAGUGAAGGACAUCAGCAUGCUGAGCAUGGUGUCCAAAACCAUCAGCAGCCGCCUGAUUAAUUACAUCUCCACCUCGUCAGGGACCCGCCGGCUCCUGCUGCAGGACUUCCACAACCUCGAACUCCCUGGCAGGAAAGAAGGAGCCUCCAUUCUGGAGCACUACAAAUCUCUAGGGCUGCUGCUCAAGAGGUGCACCCUGCUGUUGCCCACCAGGGACAGGCUCAAGUACGUGCACAAGGUGCUCUCAGGGGUUUCCUGUUUCAAGCUGAAUGGUUGUGCCAGUCCCCUGCACUGCCUGGGGUUACAGUGCUAUGGUGUGUUCUUACAGAUCCUGACAGCAGGCUGGGAUGAGCUCGAGUGCCGGGUGUUUAACUUCCUCUGGGAGCUGAGCAACUUAGCCAGGAAAGUGCAGACAGUCGUCAGCAGCAAACCAGGCAGUGCCCGCAGGCUGGAGCUGCGGAUCCGCCUCUACUGCCGGGGGGUGCUGCUGUCGCCCGGGAGCCACCGCAGCGACUCCGCCUUCUGGCUCACGCGCAUCCUCAAGCCCUGGCCCAUGGUCAACCAGGCCCGCCUGCUCUACAUCAUCUUCGGGCCCGUGUCGUCCCUCGAUGGACACGUGGUCUGGCAGAAAAUGAUAGAAGGACCGACAGAUGAGACCAGUCUGAAGGGUUUAGCUGAUGCAAUUAAGCUGCUGUAUGGCACAGAAGCUAGAGAAUGGACAGCAGAUGAUGUUAUCAGUCUUGUGGAUGAGCUGUCAGUGAUUCCCCAGGAGUGGCUGAUGGAGAACAACGCUCGGCUCCUCCUCCUGAGUGGGAACAGCAUCUGCUUCACCUUCCUGGCCAGCAAAGCUGUGAAUGGCAGAGCUGCGGAGCUGGCCAGGCUCAUGGUCUUCAUGGCCCUGGUGUGUGAGAAGGACCUGUACUGCAUGGACUGGGCAGUGAAAAUGAUGCAGAAGGUCUGCAGGGUUUUCAGCACCCCCUGGGAGAGAAACAACUUCCUGCAGUGCCUGGAGAACACCUUUGCUCACAUGCUCAUGGACAUGCUGCAGGCAGUGCUGGCCGGGGAGCGGGACGAGGAGGACAGCAGCUUCCUGAACCUGUUCCACCUGGUGAAUGCCCAGGCCAGCUUCCACAAGGAAAUCCUCUACCUGGCCAUGAGCAACAACAGCAGCACCACCUGAGUUCCAUGGACCCUCCCUCCACUCCUGCUGGAUUUCUCUUCCUUUUCCUUUGAACGUUUGCAAAGAAGUGUCUGAUUAUUCCUUGAAUUCCUGUCCCAGUAAGAGCUGGAGUGGCACAAGUUGGGACCACCCGUGUCAGUCCAGCUGAGUGAGCUCAUGGAGGGCUUGGGGAGUGCAAUUCCAUUCCGUGUGCUCUGCUCCUCCAGGGAAGAGGGCUGGGGCCUCUCCGUUGGGAACACCAACUGCGUUCUUUUCCCACUGUGCGUGUUUGCACACACAAUAAAAACGACGUGGUUUCCAUAUUUGAUGUGCAGACACCGAGUGAAGCUCGUGUUAUCUUAGCCCAGAACCCAAAACAUUCUGCUCUCUUGAAUUUGUUUUCUCUUGGGAGUUGGAGGAGAAAGGCAGGGGCGGGAUUUGAGGAGCUGCAUUUUUCCAGCUUGCCAGGGUCUCUAACUCAGGCUCUGUGACAGAAGUGCAGUUUGUACAUUCAGCUUCAGCAAAACGUGAUUUCUGAACGCAAUCCCAAUGCUUUGAUCUACCAAGGCAUUUUUUUCCUCUCAAUCUCCAGGUUUUUAUAGAGCAGAAGAAACUUCCAAUCUCUCCCCCUGCCCCAGGUACCAACUGUGGAAGCAUUUUAGGAUUUAGCCAAGUUGAAGAUCCCCAUUAACCACAUUAAAUUAGAACUCUGCUUCAUUAAAUGGAUAAGUGUUUGCUGCUUAGAGAAGGGUUUGAUUUUCUGCUCUGUUGCCUUCCAGACAAACCCAUGUGACAGCAUUAAAAG